GUUACACUAGUUGAAUGACCCGUUGAACUAACAGAUAAGUGAUCCACCCCCCGCCACACACACUUCCCUUUGCCAUUUAAAAACAGACUGAGAAGCUUGUUUGCAAGUGUAAUUGGAGCAGGCAUGAAAGACUGAACGUGGAAGACUUUCUGAGAAAGCAGAGGUUUUAAGACGUCAGAAAUGGCAGCAGGUGAGGCCUUUGUCACACUGGCCACUACAGAGUUCUACUGCAUGGGAGCCACAGUGGUGGCCAGGAGUUUACGACGUCACGGGACAACUCGCAGCAUCGUUGCCAUGGUGACUCCAAAUGUCUCGCAGAAGUCAAGGCUUGACCUUGAGAGUGUUUUCGACAAGGUUAUUGUGGUGGACAUGAUGGACAGUGAGGACCGUUACCACCUGGCCCUGCUGGAACGUCCUGAGCUCGGCAUCACCUUCACUAAGAUCCACUGCUGGACACUGACUCAGUAUAGCAAGUGUGUCUUUCUGGAUGCUGACACACUCGUUCUGUGUAACGUGGAUGAGCUGUUUGAGAGAGACGAGCUGACAGCAGCUCCUGAUCCUGGCUGGCCAGACUGCUUCAACUCUGGUGUGUUUGUCUUCAAACCAUCACUCCACACCCAUGCCAGACUCCUGGAUCACGCCCUGCAGCACGGCAGCUUUGAUGGAGGAGACCAGGGCCUGUUGAACUCUUUCUUCAGCAGCUGGCCACAUACAGACAUCACUAAACACUUGCCCUUUAUCUACAACCUCAGUGCCAGCUCCAUCUACACUUACCUGCCUGCUUUCCAACAUUUUGGCCACAAUGCAAAGAUUGUCCAUUUCCUGGGAGCAAUGAAACCCUGGAGUUCCCACAGCCAGUGGGAAGCAGGCCACUCACACACCAUGAGACGGUUUGUGUCUCUGUGGUGGAGGGAAUACGACAAACAACAGCACACAACAACACCUGCACCAGGGAAGGAGCCUCCUCACGACUCAGAGAGAACACAGCUACGCACAACACCACGUGCACCAUCGAAGGAGCCUUCUCACGACUCUGAGAGAACACAACAGGUCUCAACUCAGGGUCAAGAACAAGAAGCCAAGAUGCCGUUUACAGAAAAGUUGGACACUUCAGACUCACUGCUUGCACUUUCCCCAAUCGCUGAGGAGCCACGUUCACUGGCUGAACGACAGAGAGAGAAGUUCUCUCACACAGAUUGCGCACCUGUGUUAGAAGAGUCAAAAUCAAGUGAGAGUGAACAGAGUGAAGACCUCAAGUCUUUGGGGACAGAGGAUUUGGAAGAUAGCGACGCUAGUGCAGCAGACAUUACACAGCAGCCAGACAGAGAGCAGCUGGACCGUCGCAGGCUGUGGGAGGCUGGACAGGCUGACUACCUGGGCAGAGACUCCUUCCAAAACAUCCAAAUGAUGCUGGACUGCUUCCUGGAGUAGAAGCCUACACAUACAAAAAUCUCUGUGACUAGGAUUGUUUUUAUUUUUUACAAAAGGCCCAUGCUAAAAAAAAUAAACUGAAUAAUUAUUACAGAAA